CCAUAUUGGCUAACCUUACAACUAUGCGAUCGACACAAACGCCAGAGAAAAAUGAAGAUAUUGAUUUUUUUAGUGAUCAUUGCAAGUUCUAUAAGCAGAAGCUUCCAAACAUGUGCUCGAACUACAGCUGUCACUACUUGUAGCCAAGUACGUCUAUCUAAAACAAAUCCUCUACUAAUAGAUGACUACAAAAAUAUACUUUCGAUUUCUCUUGACGAACAUACUGAUACAAUAUAUAGUAAUGUGUUUAAACGAUUAGCUGAAUUAAAGCGUUUAUAUUUAAGCAACAACAAGAUAAAAAGUUUGGAAUCAGGAAGCUUUGACGGUCUUAGUAAAUUGGAAGAAUUAUCUUUGUACAAUAAUUUGUUGACAACUGUUGUCAGUGGUACAUUUCGUGAUCUUCACAACUUAAAAAUACUAAAUUUGGGUUCCAAUAAAAUAACUUCGAUCCCUAAUAAUGCUUUUCUUGGUUUAGAUAAUUUAGAAGAAAUAAAUUUAAGUUUCAACCAACUAGCUGAGAUUCCUGUUCAAAUAAAUACCAUUAAGUCUCUUCGGUCUUUGCAUAUGAAUAGCAAUAAACUAAAAAGUCUUAAAGCUAAUUCUUUUCGUAAUUUAAAUAAGCUGGAAACGUUAAAUCUCCACGAUAACAUCAUAGAUUCUUUAGAAGCUAAAUCUUUUGCUGGUCUACGCAAUCUUAAGCAAUUAAGUCUUAAGUCAAAUUAUUUGAAGCAGUUCAAUACACAAGACGUUUUGGAAGACUUAGGAUCCCUACAAAUAUUAAGUCUCGCUAUUAACGAUUUGAAGUGUGCUGAUUUGAGAAAUAUUGACAGGGAAUUGAAAAGAAAGCGAGUUGACUUCGAGGCAGGUAUAAAUAAACAAAAUCCAAAUACAUACCGAGGCAUAAAAUGUACUAAUUAAUAAGUAUAAAUAGUAUAUUUAGGGCCAGUUGUUCAAUCAAUGGUUAACUCAUGGAUUAAGUAAACCAUGAUUAAAUUUAAUUCGAAGAUUAUUUCUAAUUAAGUUGUUCAAUGCAGGUUAACUUUCGGAUUUAUUAAACCCAAAUACUGAAGCAGUGACAAUGUUGCCAGUUAUUAAUUAACGACUUAGAACAAAUUUUAUCAUGAAAAUUGUACCGAAAAAUAUUCUGUGGUAUAAACGAUGGUGUUCAUGACUUUUGAUGUAGUGACGUCCCCAUGUCAGUGAUUGUUUUCGUGUUUUAAAUUAAAAUUUCAAAAAAUGGAAUAAAAAUAAUAAAAAAAGAGAACUACUAGCUUUACGGCUAAUGAAGAAGAAAUAUUAAUAUCUUUUGUUAAAAAAUAUAAACAUAUUCUCGAGAAUAAGAAAGUGAUGCAAUUACAAAUUACGAGAAAAUGAAAAUCUGGGAAAAAAUAGCCCAAUAGGCCAAACUAGUUUGUCCUGAAAUCGGGUUUGGCCGGUAAUUUUAUAUAUUUUUAAUUAACUAUUAUAAAUAGUUCACCUAUUUGUAGGAUGAGCUAUCCUGUCUCUUAUACGAUCAACAAUCAUAAAAACUGUUUCCUUUGGUAUACGAAAUCUAUUCAAAAACUCAUUAUCUGGCCACUUAUGAAAAUGGUUUUCUUUUACUCGAAAAACAGGAUUUUUUCGUAGAGGAAAAAAUUAUAUUAACAACAGCUAAGAACUCUUCGUCUUCUGUGAUAUCUCCAUCUUCAAAAUCGAAGACACCAUUAUGAGCAAUAGCCAUAAUUAUUAGACUCUAAAUUAUAUUGAAUUAUUUUAAAUCUUAUCUACGAUUUAAAAGUAGCAAUAACAACACAAUAUAUUAUAGUGCAAUAACUAUGGUUGUUUCAAUCUGGAAUUUUCUUGACAAUAUUUAAUUUAAAACCAUAAAAUAAGGUUACAAAUCUCUAGUUAACACCGUUAAUCCUUCGUUUUUGGGCGAUUAAGAUAAUCUCCGGUUAACAGAUGGUUAAGUGUUAAACUUGCAUUGAACAGCGCAAUAUUACGUUUAAUUGAAGAUUAUUUUUAAUCUGAAGAUCCUCUCCAAUUGAACAAUCGGGCCUUAUAGUCAUUUAUCCUACAAAAUUGUAAAAAUUACAGUGUACUUUAUUUGAGUAAUAAAUUUCAUGUAACAAUAUA